AUGAAGCGCCAGGCCUGCGGGACCAGCGGUGGCGGCCCCACUAGCGCCGGCGCAGCGACGCUCUGCGACCUGGACGACGCGCUUCUGUCAAAGGUCCUGCUAUUCCUGGAUCCAUUCCCCGGCGUCGCCAACGCCGCGCUGACCUGCCGCCGCCUGCGGCGCGUCGCAACAGACAAGGGCCGCUGGCUCGUCGUCGCGCCGCACGCUGUCGACGCGGCGGGCACGCCGUCGGGGCGCGCAGGGCCCCGUUUCACCUCGCUGGCCGGGGCGGUGGCAGCCAGCAGGCCUGGUGACACGAUCUGGCUCGCGCCCCACGUACGCCACGAGGCACCCUGCGUCCGCGUGCGCUGGCCGCUGCACAUCUGCGGCGCGGGCGCCGGCAGCACGCUGCUCGCCUCGCCAUCUGGAGAAGCGGCGCUCGAUAUUGGCGCCAGCGCCAAGAUCAUUGGGGUGGCGAUCGAGUCGCGGCUCGGGCCGUGCAUCCUGCACAGGCGCGGCACGCUGCACGUCGAGUCGUGCGCGCUGCGCUGCGACAACGGGGGGCUCGAUCACAUCCUCGCGCCCAUCAUCACCGCCGCUGUGUCGGGGCCGGCAGCAUGGGCCGGUCAGCAUCCACAGCAGCAGCAGCAGCAGCAGCAGCAGCAGCAGCAGCAGCAGCAGCAGCAGCAGCAGCAGCAGCAGCAGCAGCAGCGGCAGCGGAAGCAGGACGCCCCAAGUAGCCCGUGCCGCAGUCGAACGGGCGCGGCCGCUGGCGCUUACGCCGCCGCCGCCGCCGGGGACGCCGCCGGCAGCGGUCGCCUUGCAAUUGCAGACACGCGCCUGGAGGGCACCAGCGGCUGCGGCGUGCUGUGCGCCGGCACGGGGGCGGUGCGGCAGGUGCGCGUGGUGCGGGGCUCGCGGGCGGCCUGGCUGUUCCUGGAGGUCGACUCGGCGGUCCCAGGCGUGUACGCGCCCGGCGCGCGCCCGCCGCCGCCGCCCUUUGCGGCGCUGCCGCGCGGCCCUGCGGCCGCGGAUGCGUGCGGCAGCGCGGGCAAGGCGGCAGCUGGGCUGCUGGCAACUGAAAUUCGAGGCCCUGCGGCCGGCGGCGUGCCCCUGGAACGGCCGGUCGGCAGGGGCGCGGAGGCCGGGCUGUCGCGCAUCAAUGCGCUCCUGGGGGGCCACGCCAUCAGCCCCGCGCUGAUGGCGGCGCACCUGGCCCGGGCAGUGGCACGGCAGCAAGGCGGCCAGAGUUGA